CCAGCACCACCCAUUCAUAUAUAUACUGCACCUUUCCUUCGGUUCUUCAUCACCAAAAAACUGAAAGAAGUUCUGAGAGAAGCUCUGGUGUUGCUGUCUGGUUGCUGGGAAGAUGGCUAAUAACAGUGGUUUUAGAAGAUUUGAACUAGCUGUUCGGUGGCGAUCAGAGAAAGUAGAAGACAAUUUGGGUGUCCAUUUUGUUGGUGGUUUAAGUUUCCAGAUGACUAUUCCAUCCAGGGUGAACUAUCAGAAACUUUGUGAUCAUCUAAUUCGGAGAAUACGGAUUAGAGACGAAACAGUACAAGAUAGUGUUGUGAUUACAGGUUUCACC